AUGAGCUCCCUCUCUGCCGGCUCUGGAAUUCGAGACCCAAGUGCUGAGGAGAUCUGGGGCAGGCCCGGGCCUGGCCUGGUGCCCGGGGUGGUGACGACGGAGUGCUCAGCGUGUGGGAAGAGGCGAGCCCUGCGAGCCGAGAGUCCCGGCAGGGGCGGAGGGCCCCCUAACGGCCUGGGUCCGCAGAUCGCGCUGGAGUCGGCGCACGUGAUCGACUCCGGGGAGACAGCGCUGGUGGAGGGGCUGUGCGUGGCUCCCCGGGAGCGCGGCAAGGGCGUGGCCGGGCUGCUGCGGCGCUUCUGCCCGCAGCUGGUCAAGACACAGAACCCGGGGGUCAAGGUGGCACGGCUCACCCGGGACGACCAAGUGGGCCCCCGGGAGCUCAAGAAACACGGCCUAAUCACCAAGCAGGUGAGAAGGACAAGGGAGCUCGGCAUCCUUUGGGUCUGAGUCAAUGCCUCCGUGCUACCGGCGCGGCUGGGCGUGCAGCUGGCGGCGCUGCGGGCCUCCGUCACCUCGCCGCUGCCCACCGAGACCGUGUCGGAGACUGGCGGCGACGUGGCCCGCCUCCUACUGUUGCCUUCCGUGCAGCGCGACGUCACCCAGGACUGGCAGCCCUACCGGCCACGUGAGAGCAACCUGCGCCUGCUGGCGGCCAAGGGCCUGGAGUGGCACGUAGACAGCUCCACGCGCGCGCGCUUACCCACGCUGCGCACGCGCCCCUUCCCCAUCCCGCACGGCGGUGACGGCACGUGGCGCUACCUCAACGUCGACGCCGUGCGCAGCGCUGGUGCGCAGGCGCAGAGCCGGCUUCUGCGGCACCUGCAGGGCCAGGCCCCGCGCCUCGCCGGUCUCAACGCCAUGCGCCAGCUUUUCCUGGCGUCCCAGUUAUGGUAGCAGCUGGCAGACCUCUGCCAGGCCGGCUUGGGGCUCGAGCUGGUCAAGGGUUACGCAGAACAGUACCCGCUGGAGGCCGACAUCUAGGGCCUCUCCUCUCGGAGGCGAGAGGAGCAUUUAGAUCCGUCCAUUUUCGCUGCUCUUCAGAAAGCCCCGCCCCCUCCCCCUACUCUCCGUGGUCUGCUGGGAAGCCUGCUUACCCUUACCGGAGCGCCCCCCCUAACCUUUUAGCCUUGCCUCUCUGCCAUCUCGCCUCUAGCGCGCCCACUCUAUGGCCCACAACUGGAUCCGAUCGCCGGGUUUGGGGGAGGCCCUUGCUCUGCUAUGGUCCGCCCGUUCCCCUCACGGGCCAAAGAAUGGGUUCCUUCACAGGCUUCAGAGCCUUUUCUUGUCCGUCGCCCUGGGCUGGCGGGGAACUCCGUCCUUCCUGGCUUCUCCCUUCUGCCUCCUCGUGGGCGGAAGCGGGUAGAGGGAUGUGCAAGGUCCAGCUGCCCAACACAUAUUACUUUUCUUCCUCCCGCCCUUUCUCAAGCUCUCAGAGCUUGCCCCGCGCUCCCCUCCUGCCUCCCUCUCAGUCUCUUGCGCCUCUACAUCAGUGUCCCCUCUCUCCUUCUGAGCUCCCAUCCUCCUAUUCCCCGGACCCCCCCCCCCCAGACACUUAGCUCCUCAUUGCCCAUUUGUCUGCUCCUCCCUUCCUCUUCCCCAUGAACUCUUCAUCACCCGCCCUGUGUGCAAUACGGAGAGAGAGCCUGUAAAUGAAACAAUCAUAAUGCCCUGUUGACCCUCUGGUGACACAUCUUUACAAGCCUGCCCCCCCUGAUGGGGUUCGUCCAACUUUGCACGAUGUUGCUGUUUCCCAGGCCCCCUUCCUAUAUCCCCAACCAGUGCCUGAACCAGGACAUGAAACAGGGGGCUUGAGCUAGGAAGGGCAGUUUCCUCAGCCCAGUAUGGGGCUGUCUUCUGGCUCUAACCAGGCUUCCUUCCAAUGCAACUGGAACCCCUGCCUCCAGAUAUUUCUGGACAUCCCUCCCUUCCUCUGGUUCCUUUAUGGGUUGUUUUUUUUUUUUUUUUUUUUUUUGGACUUCGGCAGUUUUCUAUUUCAAUGCAAGUAGUAACAGCUGCAGUUGCACAGCGCUGUCUUCUACACUGGAUCCUCACAUCUACCACCGAGGGAGGAAACAGGCUCAGAAAGAUCAAAGUGACUUCCAAGUCAUUCAGAGUAGCUGGGAGCCUGGCAGGGACUGGAGUUCAGGUCUGUCCCAAGCCAGAGCAUGCCUCAGAACCUCACUCGUUGUGGCGGUGACUGUUUGAACUUCUUGUUGGACGAUGGACAGUUGCUAGGGAUUUGUUGACAGUAAGCACAGGGGUCGCUGGGGAUGGAAUCAGAGACGUGGGCAGAGGAGGGCGCCAGGAGGUGGAAGAAGGUGGGCACAGAGGAUAGCCGCUGCUCCAUCACUUCCCCCAGUUACGGUUUUGCUGUUGUGCUACACUGCCUUGCUUGUCUGCCUCAACGCCUGGCCAU